AUGUCGUUGUUCGGCGGGAGUGCACCGACGCCCAGCUCAUCGUCUGAGUCUGACACCUCGGAAUCCUCUUCCGUAUCCUCGUCGCCAUCGGUCGUAGAGACUGAAAAUCCGCGCGAUAUACCAGAGAUACAGCGACGUGAUACCGAAGAAAAAGACACAGACACAGACUCGCAGGAAGAAAGCGAUGAGUCUGAGGACGAGGAGGAAGAAGAUGAGGACGAGGAAGAUGGCGAGAAGACGGCACGUGUGCAAAGAAAUACAAACCAGGCCCAGAGAUGGAGGAACACCACGGACGAAGAACUUCAAAUUAUGGAGUCACUCGAGCAGAUGGAGGCUGAAGAUCUUUCUGCACACCUAUACAAUGCCCAUGCGCUCAAGCGACGGGUGCGACGACCUAUACAAGACCUAGCGCAGUUGAAGAGCUGGCAGGGAAGAGAUAGUUGGCUCAAGUCGGGAAAGGAUCUAGAGUUCACGGACGAAGCAGGGCUCGUUCAGCCGGAGUUGGUGCCGCCAAAAGUAUGGACAGCAUGGCCAGACCCUCCUGAAAAGCUUCUACGCUCAGAAAUUCCAUCGGCGAGUGACUUUGCUCUGGAAUGGCAAAUUGGUGGGGUGGAAGAUGCAUUGGAAGAGCUCAAGGAAGAACUUUUGGCAAUCUUUUUACGCCUGGCAAGAAAGCAGUGGGAUCAGCGGGAGUCUCCUUCAUCGGAAUCCGACGUUGAAGAGUCUGCGGAGACUUCGCGCAGCCGGUCGCUAGAAGGAAGCACCACGCCUGCAAACUCGCGUCCCACGUCUCGAGCUGAUGGAGAUGUAAAUGAUGGAGAUACGAAUGAUGGGGAUAUAGAUGACGGGGAGAUGGAUCUUGAUGGCUACUCGCAUGAUGAAGCGUGCGACACUGGGGAUGAAGCUACAGCUAGGAAGCGUGGGAGACAAUUUUAUUUCAACACGUUGACGCAGCCGACUGUUAUGGCUGACGAUACGAAGGCACAGCGGAUUCUUCAACCAACAAUCCAGUCCAUGAUCAGCAGGUUAGACAGGCUUGCGCUGGCGAUACUCCGAACACGGACGAAUCAUUAUACUGGCGCUGACGGCUCAGUUGCAGACACUUCCGAUGCAGAUACGUCUGAUUCGGAGUUAAGUAGAUCUGCUUCAAGGUCUCCAUCAAGAGCCCGGUCGAAGAGUGUCACGAGCCCUGAAUCGAGCAGUCCAUCCCCUUCGAGUGAAGAAUCAACAUCCGAUGACAACACAAGACUUCAGAACUUGAGAUUUUCUGAUUUUGAUCACGAUACAGUGGCCGCGUGGGAACACGGCAAAUCAACAUUACGCCAUCUGAAACGAGAGCGUCGGAAAGAGAAGCAUCUGGAACGGAAGCGUCGCAGGUCCUCAAGCAGCGAGAGCGACGGUGAAAAAUGGACAAUCAAAGAUGAUAGUUUCAGAGAAGGUCUUAUGGACUGGAGUGAAUUGCUUGGACUAGCUGCUGUUCAAGGCUGGGACCCCGAAGCUAUUGCACGCACAGCCCAGCGCUGCGCCACUCUAUUCGACGAAAGCAUGUCAUUCAUACCCAUUCCCGAAUCACAGGCCACGAAGUCCCCUCUCGAACCAGUCGUGUACACCCCCUCCACCAUACCAGCCCCACCAAUCGUCCCCUCAAAUACAAGGGGCCCAACACUCAACCGCCCAUUCUUCCAGACUGGCACACUGCGCUGUCCACAUCCGGACUGCUACGGUAGCAAGAAAGACUUUGCAAUACCGUAUCGCACUAUUGAGCAUUGUAUACGUGUUCAUGGGUACGAUCCGAGGACGAACAGUGAGGGCGUGGGGGAUGGGUUUUUACAGCCGGUAACGUUGAGGCCUGGGUGGCUCGGAAAUGGAAGGCCAAAAGUUGGGAAUGCAAGGAAGAGGGCGAAGAGCAAGCAUGUGGAGACCGAUACUUCUGAAGCUGGGGACUGA